GGGCGCAAGUGCACGGCAUGUUUUAUGAAGUGUGCAAAUUCUAUUCGGAAAGAAUUCGUAUUUGGAUGUGCCAAAAUCACGACGAAUUUGCGAUAUUAGCGUAUUCUGAAACUCAUCAAAAGAAAAAUCUUUCAAGAUUUUGGAAUAAAGUUUGUUAAAAGAUGUGGAAAUAAUUACGUAUAAAACAUAACAAGAUCUAAAAUUCUCAAAACUCAGCAUUAUUCAACGCAUCAAAGUUUACAAUUGGAUAAUUUAUUUAUAAAAUGGCUGGCAAUUUUUGGCAAAGCUCGCAUCACCAACAAUGGUUACUGGAUAAACAAGAUUUGGUUAGAGAACGUCAACAUGAUUUAUCCAUACUAACCGAAGAAGAAUAUCAAAAAAUAUUUAUUUUCUUCUCCAAUAUGAUACAAGUUCUAGGUGAACAAUUAAAACUGAGGCAACAAGUGAUAGCUACUGCAACAGUUUAUUUUAAAAGGUUUUAUGCUCGCAAUAGCUUGAAAUGCAUAGAUCCUUUAUUAUUAGCUCCUACUUCAGUCUUUUUGGCAUCAAAAGUAGAAGAAUUUGGAGUAAUUUCUAAUACUAGACUAAUAACAACAAUGGGAACUGUAGUCAAAAACAAAUUUAAUUAUGCAUAUGUGCAAGAAUUUCCAUAUCGUACAAAUCACAUUUUGGAAUGUGAAUUUUAUCUCUUGGAGCAUUUGGAUUGUUGUUUAAUAGUAUACCAACCAUACCGUCCCUUAUUAACAUUAAUUCAGGAUGUGGGACCAGAUGAUCAGUUACUUACUCUCGCAUGGCGUAUUAUUAAUGACAGUUUAAGAACAGAUGUAUGUUUAUUAUAUCCACCUUAUCAAAUAGCUAUUGGUUGUCUUCAAGUAGCAUGUGUGAUAUUGCAGAAAGAUCUCAAAUCAUGGUUCGCAGAAUUAAACGCAGAUAUGGAAAAAAUUCAAGAAAUAGCACGGUAUAUAAUCAAUUUGUACGAAUUGUGGAGAAAGUAUGAUGAAAAGAAUGAAAUUCAAGGUUUACUAGCUAAAAUGCCAAAACCAAAAGCAGCACCACAGCGUUGACAUCAAACUCUCUCUUCGCCAACUGUUUGGGAUUCAUGCUGAUAUGACGACUGCUUCGACUAAAAAUCUGUCCUCUUUCCCAUAUAUAUCGCUAUACAUAGAGUUGACAACGAAUAUUGUUCUGCAUUUAUAUCUAAAACUUUUUAUCCGUACAUAAAAAUAUGUUCUAAAAUGUCAUGAACAAUAAUAACGCAUCAUUUAUUAUUAGGUUCUAUGCUCAAUGCUCGAUAUAAUGCGCAUUUAAUGAUCAAGAAUACUACAUCCAAUUAGGCUUUUUUCGAUAUACUUGACAAACGUAAUAAAUUAUUAGUUUGUACUCUUUAUCUGCGUACCUAAUUUUGUCAUCUAUAUGUAAUAUUGCGUUGAAUUAUUUUUUCAGCAUAAGCGUUAAUUCGAGAAAUAUGCUAUAUAUCGAGAUCUGAGUUAUAAAAUCUAUUUUACAAGUUUGAACUAUAUUAAAGGAAUCGCGGAGUGACAGCCAAAUUCAGAUGUAUAAUUUAUUCGAUGUGAUAUUACAAAUUUUAUUGCGAUAAAUCAAAUUGUCAAAUUCUGAAUAAUUCCUUCCUUGCUGUACAAAUUUUAUAAUUGGUAGGAAUAAAACAGACAAUAUUAAA